CCAGUCAAUAGUCAUUGCUUGUCGUUUGACGUUUGUGGUGUGUGGCGAGAAAGUUUUAUACGUCGCUGUUGUCGUCGUCGUUGCUUCGAUUUAUUUUUGUUCUUCUCUACUCUACUCGUACGAAGAAUAAUAUUCGCGUAUCGUCGUUUGUUUGAUCACAUUGUUGAUGAUUUCGAAUCACGCAUUUCGGCGAGUUUUAUAACAUUACGUAAAAGCUAUACUUCGUCGGACUGUCAAAAAAAAUAUCGGAUUACAUACAAAAUAAAGAAAUUUUAGUGAGUGAGGUGAAUUAUAAUUAUAGAUAUUAUUCUAUUCCACCAUACCUAUGCCCACAUAACACCUUAAAGAAGCAUAAAAGGAUUAAGUUUUUUUUUUUUUUAUUUUUAACCUGGAACGUAUAAUUAUUCGCAAAUAUAGCGAUAAGUUCCAAAACAGUGCGAAUCCUACUACGAGUGAAACAACAUAAUUAAUUGAUAUAAUUUAUAUACCUACGAGUGUGGUGUAUAAUAGAUCAAGCAAAACAAGUGUUUACACGUGAUUUUCAAAAUUCUCACCGAAGUAUCUAAAGCGCCCCUUGGGGCUGUCGCACUGGCGUCCUAUUUGGGGGACGGUUAUUCCGCCCUCGGUGCACGAGCUCCACCGGUAAAGGAUCUAAUGGCUUUCGGAUCGGUUUUACAACAUAACCAACACAAUAUAGGUCGAGGGGAACCUCCCGUUGGAGUUGGUGAUCCUUGUGCGGGCUGUAAUAAACCAAUUUUAGAUAAAUUUUUAUUAAAUGUCCUCGAAAGGGGAUGGCAUGCAUCAUGUGUGCGCUGCUGUGAAUGCCUUCAACCGCUUACGGAUAAAUGUUUUAGUAGAGAAUCUAAGUUAUAUUGUAGGAAUGAUUUUUUUAGUAUAUUUAAUUGUUCUAGGCGAUAUGGAACAAAAUGUAGCGGCUGCGGACAAGGUAUAGCACCAUCAGAUUUAGUGAGAAAGCCUCGUGAUAAAGUCUUUCAUUUAAAUUGCUUUACCUGCUGUAUAUGUAGAAAACAACUGAGCACGGGGGAACAACUAUACGUAUUAGAUGACAAUAAAUUUAUCUGCAAGGAUGAUUAUCUGUUAGGUAAAGCUCCCGGCCAUCAUUCGUUAAGUGAUUCAUUAAUGGGAUCAGCGAGCGAGGACGAAGACGAUGAUGAGCCACAUUUAAGAGGACCACCACUUGGAUUGGGUGGCAUGGGACCAAAUGGUCCCGACUCAGCAGGUGGACAACUCGGCGCAUCAGAUAUCUCAGUGCAAAGUAUGAGCACGGACAGUAAAAAUACGCACGACGAUUCUGAUCAGGGAUCUUUAGAUGGCGACCCAGAUGGACGAGGUGAUUCACAAGCGGAAAAUAAAAGUCCCGAUGAUGGUGCGAAUGGUUCAAAGCGUAGAGGCCCGCGUACAACUAUCAAAGCGAAACAGCUGGAGGUACUGAAAACGGCAUUCAAUCAAACGCCGAAACCAACGAGGCAUAUUAGGGAACAACUGGCGAAAGAAACUGGAUUACCUAUGCGGGUGAUACAGGUUUGGUUCCAAAAUAAACGAUCAAAAGAACGUCGAAUGAAACAAAUCACUAGCAUGGGUCGACCGCCAUUCUUUGGUGGAGCGAGAAAAAUGCGCGGUUUCCCAAUGAAUUUAUCACCAGGCGGUAUGGAUGAUGGACCUCCGGGUUUCCCUUAUUUCAGUGCCGAUGGUAAAUUUGAAUUUGGUUAUGGUGGACCACCAUUUCAUCCGCAUGAUGGACCAUUUUUUCCGGGACACCCUGGCGGACCAAUGCCAUUUAAUACACCAGGUGGACCAAUGGAUCAUUCCGGACCAAUACCCAUGGUUAGUGAAUUCGGUCUAACACCUGAAUCAAAUUUCCUAAAUCAAGCCGGCCCACAAUCAAUGAACAUGGCUAGUGCGGGUGGCCCACCACCAGAUCAUAUAAUGGGCAAUGGUGGUGGAGGCGGUGGCAUAGGUGGCGGACCCCGAAGCGGAUCACCUGAAUUUAUGACAUCUGGCAAUUUCUCUGAACCGCAAAAUAUGUUAAAUGAAGGUGUGGUUUGGUAAUAUAGAAAAGCUUUUGCGAAUUCUCUGCUUUUGCUUAAGUCUCUAAUGCAAUGAAAAUAAAAUAAUUUAAAAAAAAAUUUAUAAAAUUUAAUUUAAAAUUCCGCUUUUAAAGAAAAUAUAAAAAGAAAAUACAAAAAAACGCAGAGAAUUAUCGCAAAAUAAAAAAAAACUAAAAACUAUUAAAACAAAACAAUAAUUAAAAAUGAUGUAAAUCUUUAAUCAAGAAUAAAUAUUUUAAAAUCCCAUGAUGUGUAUAUUUUUUAUUUAUUUAAU